AUGCUCCGCAUGUCUCCCAUCUCGAGGCUCGGGGCCUCUUUGCUUAGGCCGUCCUCUUUAGCACCCCUGGGCUUCCGACAUGGCUCCCGUAUUCCCCCAAUACGGGCCCUGUCUUCUCGAGCAGCUGAUUUGCCCCAGGGUUGGGAGCUUGCGCCCAUCCAAGACGUGGAACGCAUGGGCAGAUACUCCCCUGGAGGCUACUAUGCUGUUAACAUCCGUGACAGUUUUCAUAAUAAUCGGUACCGUAUCGUUCAUAAACUUGGCCACGGAACGUUUUCAACCGUCUGGCUGGCGAACGACACCCUCAAAAACCGCUAUGUAGCCCUCAAAAUCGGAACGGGAGACGCCAACUUCAAAGAAGCCAGCAUCUUGGAGAACACGGCUCCUCAUAGCCAACUUCUACCCCCUCUACUGGAUCGUUUCAUGCUGGAAGGCCCCAACGGAAAGCACCCAUGCUAUACGACUAUCCCUGCUCGGAUGACUGUCUCAGACGCCCUGGAUGCAUCUGACUGCAGGCUUUUCCAACUCGAUGUCGCGAGAGCUUUGGCUGCACAGAUGGCUCUUGCUGUCUCGUCAUUACAUGAUCAUGGUCUAGCACAUGGAGAUCUACAUCUCGGAAACAUAGCCCUUCGAAUGACAUCUGAGAUGAGCCAAAUGACCCAGAAAGAUUUAUACGACACCUAUGGCGCCCCAAGGCGAGAAGAAGUAGUCCAUCUCGAGGGAAAGCCGCUCCCGCCCGGCAUUCCGACCCAUGGUAUCUUGCCAGUGUGGCUUGGUGGAAGAAGUGAAGACAUCAGUCUUCCCGACGCCCAGAUUAUGCUUGUGGACUUUGGCGAGGCCUUUUACCCGGACAAGGAGAAGAAGUUUGAGUCACGCACACCGGCGCUAUUACGACCACCCGAAGCUCGCUUUGAACCGAACCAACCCCUUGGCCUGUCAUCUGACAUCUGGACUCUCGCGUGCUCCAUGUGGGAAGUUCUUGGCCAGGGACCUCUUUUCAAGAGCUUCUUCCGAGAUGAGGACGUUAUCGCCGCUCAACAGAUCGAAGCAUUGAGACCCCUACUUCCAGCUUGGUGGAAGCGUUGGGAGGCACGAGGAGAAUGGUUCACAGAAGCUGGGGAACCGAUCAAAGACGACGAUGACGAGAUCGAAACGCUCGAGGAUAAAUUCAAGAUUAGUAUGCAACAGUCCAGAGCCGCCGAGAAGAUGCCGUUGUUUGACCCAGAGGAAGAAAGAGCGCUCUUGAAAAUGUUUCGAUCGAUGCUUGUAUUCACACCAGAGGCACGAUCAACGAUCAGCCAAGUGAUCAAUUCGGAGUGGAUACAGAAGUGGGCGCUCCCAGCUUACUACGAACUCGAGAAGUCAAAAAAGUAG